AGGCUGUUACCAGGCAGAUAGCCUUUCCAACAUGGCAGCGUCAAGCAACGCAGAGCAAACGCAGUUGCAAGAUAUGGAGGAGGAAGAUGCAGGGAUGGAGGAGAGGGAGAUGGAAUCGGACGAAGGCGAGGAGGAAGGCAUGGGAGUGGAAAAUUCAGACGAAGACGAGGAGGACGAUUCGUCAGAGGACGAGAAAGAAAAUGAAGCCGAGAUCCAGCGACUUGAGGAGCAGCUGUCCAUCAACGCUUUCGACUACAACUGCCAUGUGGAUCUUAUCAAGCUGCUCAAGCAAGAGGGGGAACUUUUCCGCUUGCGAAAGGCGAGGCAGAAGAUGAGUGAGCUUUUCCCUCUCACUGAAGAGAUCUGGCUGGAUUGGCUCAAGGAUGAAAUCCGUCUGACUGAGGAGGAGCCAAACCGAGAGAAAGUAUAUGAGCUGUUUGAGAGAGCUGUUAAAGACUAUAUCUGUCCCGAUAUCUGGCUUGAGUACGCGCAGUACUCGAUCGGCGGUAUGGGCUCACCGGGCGGAAUCGACAGGGUGAGAUCCAUCUUUGAGAGGGCGGUGACAGCAGUGGGGCUUCACAUGACCAAGGGACAGAUGGUGUGGGAGGCGUACAGAGAGUUUGAGAACGCCAUCCUGUCCACAGUGCAGCCUCCCCCUGGCAGGAUUCCCAGCCAUGAGGAACAGGAGAUGCUGAAGACCCAGCUUGAGCGAAUCCAUACACUGUUUCGCCGACAGUUGGCCAUCCCUUUAAUGGACAUGGAAGGCACCUACGCAGAAUAUGAGGAGUGGUCCGAACAUGGCGUCCCUGAGACGGUUAUGCAUCAGUACAAGAAAGCUUUGCAGCAGAUGGAGAAGUGCAAACCGUUUGAGGAGGCUCUGAUGGUAGCAGAAACUCCAAAGUUAGCAGAAUAUCAGGCCUACAUCGACUUUGAACUAAAGGAGGGCGACCCAGCACGGAUCCAGAUAACCUUUGAGCGCGCUCUGUCAGAGAACUGCCUGGUGCCAGACAUGUGGGCCAAAUACACCACAUACCUCGAUCGUCAGCUGAAGUUCAAAGACUUGGUUCUCUCCACUCAUGAACGUGCAGUCAGGAACUGCCCCUGGACCAUGGGACUGUGGAAGAGCUACCUGCUCGCUCUGGAGAGGCACGGAGCCGACCAUCAGACCGUGUCCGAUGUCUUUGAGAAGGCACUAAAUGCAGGCUUCAUUCAGGCUACUGAUUACGUGGAAAUUUGGCAGGCGUACCUCGACUACUUGAGGAGACGCGUGGAUUUCAGUAAAGAGUCAAGCAAAGAGUUAGAGGAAUUACGAGCAGCCUUCUCUCGAUCUCUGGACUACAUGAAACACGAUGUCGAAGAGCGGUUUGGUGAAAGUGGUGAUCCUUCUUGUAUCAUCAUGCAGAUCUGGGCACGGAUAGAGGCGCUUCACUGCAAGAACAUGCAGAAGGCCAGAGAACUGUGGGAUAGCAUCAUGACAAAAGGAAACGCCAAGUAUGCCAACAUGUGGCUCGAGUACUACAACCUGGAAAGGUCAUAUGGGGACUCGAUUCACUGUCGAAAAGCUCUCCACAGAGCAGUUCAGUGCACCUCAGACUACCCAGAGCAUGUAUGUGAAGUCCUGCUCAGCUUUGAGAGGGUGGAAGGUUCUCUGGAGGACUGGGACUUCGCUGUGCAGAAGACAGAGACCCGGCUGAACAGGAUUAAUGAACAGCGAGCGAAGGCAGCUGAGAAAGAAGCCAACCUGGCUCGGCAAGAGGACGAGAGAGCUGAGCAGCGGCGGAAAGCCAAGGUAGAAAAGAAGGCUCAGAAGAAGGUCCAGAAGGGAACACGAGCUGGGGAGAAGAGGAAAGCAGAACAGGACGAUUAUCAAGAUGAAUGGAAUGAGGACGCAGGUCCUAAAAGGCACCGAGGAAACGCUGACCAACCCACAGAUGAGUACAUGGAGACAGAGACUGGACCCUUUGGAAAGGCCACGCCCCCUGGAUAUAAGCCUGCUCCGCCUGCUACUAAAAAAGCCCCACAAGGAGCAGCAGCAGCUCCACCUGCCCACAGGCAGAAUGAAGACAACCUGGAGCUUCGAAAUGACAACAGCAGCGUGUUCGUCAGCAAUCUGGCGUACACCCUGGAGGAGCCAGAGGCGAAGCUCAGGACGCUGUUUGAGACCUGCGGUCCGAUCAAGCAGAUUCGCCCGAUCUUUACUGGUAAAGGAAGCUUCAGAGGCUACGGUUAUGUACAGUUUGAAUCCCCAGUGUCAGUCCCUGAAGCCCUGAAGCUGGACCGACGGGACGUGGGGGGCAGGCCCGUGUUUGUGUCGCCGUGUGUUGACAAAAACAAAAAUCCUGACUUUAAGGUGUUUAAAUACAACACGAUGAUGGAGAAACACAAAAUCUUCAUCUCUGGGCUGCCGUUCUCAUGCACUAAGGAGCAGCUGGCGGAAAUCUGCAAAAAUCACGGCACCAUCAAAGAAGUUCGUUUGGUCACGUAUCGCUCAGGAAAACCCAAGGGUCUGGCAUAUGUUGAGUUUGCAGAUGAAACCCAGGCCUCUCAGGCAGUGCUGAAAAUGGACGGCAUAGAAGUGGAGGGCAACAAAAUCUCUGUUGCUAUAAGCAACCCUCCUCGCAGAAACGCGACAGAUAAACCUGGGUCGAGCAGGCCCACGGGAGACGCGAUGCCUCGCCAGGUCUACGGAGCGAGAGGGAAAGGACGCACCCAGCUCUCCAUGCUCCCUCGUUCCCUGCACCGACAAUCCGCGCCCACCGGCAAAGUGGAGAACGGGAGCGCGGCGGACGGAGAGCCAGCCAGCGCAGCAGGAAAUGCAGCCGGAGAGCCGAAGCAGUUGUCAAAUUCAGACUUUGCCAAGAUGCUCCUCAACAUGUGAGAAGACAGGCGAGAGCGUGACGACCGCCUUCACACUGAAAGCCAUCUUGUGUCCUUACAAAUGGGUGUCCUUGAUUAAUUUUUUUUUCUUUUUUGUAACCGGUUACCUGAUGUCCCUUUAAUCCCGGUCAUGCUCUCACCAUCCGUUCUGCGAGAUUGCCUUAAAUCCCCAUCACGAGCCCUUUUCAAAGAGUGUGUCGGAUUGUUUUUGAUGGGUGUGUUUCGAAGGUGGCAGCCAGGAUGUUUUAUUAAAAGUGUAUCAUAUUUGUGUGUAAAUAUACUGUAUCUAAAAUUGUUGCAAGGUUUCCUUUUUUUGUUUUUCUCUUUUGUUGUUGUUGUUGUUGUUGUGCACUGUAAGGGACUUUGACAGAAGCAUAUGGGAGAGUAUUUUUUUAAAUAUUCAAAACAGCCAAACUUGUGAAUGUUGUUUUAAAUAGGUAUAUGCAAAAGUUUGGACGUGGUGUAAUAUAGUUGGUGUGUGUACAUAAUAUUGGAUGUGCUAGUGAUGAAAAGACACUCUCCAGAUGUUUUUUAAGGAGCCGAAAUCGUUUUAUUUCUUGACCUUAUAGUACAGCCGAUUCAUUAUUUUUUAUGUAACACCAUCUCCGAGUCACCAUGUAGUACUAAUGUCCAGUAUUAUUAUGCUACAGAGAACCUCUAAAGCUACUGUCAAAAAAAGACCUUUUAAGACGGCUUGAAAGCUGCCGUCCUGCGCCACACAGCUGAGGCUUGAGUUAAAGUAUUCACAGAUCUGUUUUAAGUAACCUCGCUUAUAUUUUUAUAUUUCUGUGUGUGGCCCGUCUGUUCAUUCGGAGAACAUCAGUCACAUUUAAAGAGGAAUGAAGGGUACCUGCCUGAAAUUUAAGAGGGUGCACAUAAGCAGGAAGCCGGCGAUUCUGAAGCGCUUUGAUGGCAGGAAACACCUGGCUCCGUGUGGGCCUCGUGAGGCUGUAGUCUGCAGCUCAGAAAGAAGAAAGGUUUUAUCCUUCAAGACAAUUUUCAGUCAUUAGUUUUGUCUACAUUGGCGAAUUUUUAAUUGGCUUUCACAUUAUUUGAUAUUAACCCUUGGAGAAAAUUACCACAGCAGAGUAUUUGGUGAAAAAGAGACGCUUGCAGCCCUCUAGCACUUAAUAUUGGAAGAAGACACCCAUUAGUCUAAAGUUGUUUUAAAAAAAGUGUGAAUAUAAACUCGAGCUGUUUUUAUAAGUGUGGUUUGGUUUUCUUUACAGAGUCGAUGUCGCUCUCUGGAAAAACAAGAGGAUGGUCAGAAUCUAUGCAGUUCCCAUUUCAGUAAUCCCGUGUUUCAGGGGGUCGAUGUCCACUCGUCUUGUUUUACACAUUAAUAAAAUUCUGUUUGUGUACAGGAUACUCGGUAAACAUGUUUAAAAAAAAAAAAAAAAGGUCAGCAUAGUUUGUGAUAAAUCUUAAGUUAUCAAAACAGAUGGGAUACAAGCUGUAUGUAUUGCUCUCACCGCAGUGGCCUAAUUAAAAAAGAAAAAGGAGAAAAAAAAGUUAAAGAUGUUGAAGUUGUAGAAGUCACCUUCUGUUUUAUGUCUAUACUAAAAAGGUUGUAUUCUGUUAUGUGCAUUGCUGUUUGUAUAAUUUCUAUAGUCAGUGUUUUACAUUUGGAAUAGAGGUAAAUAAUAAAAGGCUAUUUUUGUUUGUUUAA